GUGGAGGGUGUUGGUGUCAGACUCACUCAGAUGGAGGAGGUUGGGCACACUUUAGCAGUUUGUCUCAGCACAUCACUUGUCACUGAAAAAGCUGUCAAACAUGUCAAAUGAUCACAAGAGUGUUAAAUUUGGUGAAUAUUUUACAGAAGUGUAACAGCCUAAAUGCUUUGUCAGAUUGUGUGUGUGAGAGAGCGAGCGAGAGAGCGAGAGAGCAGUUUACCUUCAGUCCUGGGUGUAUAGUAUAGAUCCAGAUCUACAGAGACAUGCAGUGCUGGGGUGGACUCUGGGGAACAGAUUCUGUGCUGAAAUGUGUUUGUCUCAUGAAACACAACCCUGUGCUCUUUCUGUUUCUUUAGGGUGUAUAGUUUCCGGAUGUAGCCUCAAGCUACCUAUUCUUCUACAAAAGCGACAUGAUGAAUCAAAUAAAGGCAUCACGGGGGGUGAGGGUGCUGGUGGUAACAUGGUUCCAAUAGCAAAACCCCAAUAGUGAAGAAACAUUCCCCCUAAAGCAGUGUCUGAUAUUGCUUUCCCUGGGUCACAUAUUCUCUCUAAUAUUACUCUCCUCCUCAUACACUUGCUUUAUUUCUUUUAGACAUUCCUGCGCUUUAAUUUUCUUUGCAGGGCUUUUUUUUUUUUUUGUAUUCCUUCUUCUAAGCACCGAAUCCGCAUUUUGCUUUCCCUCUGCUAUACUGCCUUCUCUCCGUGGUCUCCUCAAGCUUCCUGGAAAAUGCCUGUGUGGUUUUAAUUUACAGUUUGAGAAUGACCCAUUUCCAGUUGUUGUUUUUUUCUUUUGUUUGUUUUUGCCAAGCUUUAUUCACUCACAGCCCUGAAUGAUGACCUCAUACUCUCCUUAACAGGAGUGGUCUUUAAAGGCAUUUUUCAGAGCGACUCCUGACCACAAAUCACACUCCACUCUGUAUUCCAUUACGACACCGUUUACUUUAUUAAGAUUGAUUAAGUCGCGCAGUGUGUCAUCUCGGAGUAUGAACACUGGUCAGAACAGGAUUGGCCCGAUCUUCCUCGAGAAGAUAUGUCAGACGUAGCGUCAGUCUUUCUCACAUACACCAGACACAAAGGGAACGGAGUUUCUUCCAACAGAUGAGAGAAGCUGACUGUAGAGCUGGAAAAAGUGAUGACUAUCUAGAGGAAAGGCGUUAAAUUAGGAGAUAGAACAUUCCAUAUCGUAUCUGACUUUAGAGAAGUAAGGCAUGGCGUGUCUGAGUUUUGCUUAACUGCUAGCCUUACUUGGUAAUCUAAAAGCCCUGCCUAGCAACCUCCCAGAAGGGAACGUUUUGGUUUGGCUACAAAAUGAACGGAUUGGACACACCAGAAACAACAGAAGUAACUGGAACUUGUUUGAGUUCUUCAUCUCUCUCUCUCUCCCUCCCUCUCUCUCCUUGAGCUCUCAAGCAUCAAACACUGUUCGUGGUCAAGUGAAGAAAGACGUGGAAGGCACGGAUUUUCCAGAUGCCAGUUCGGUGUUUCUAGCUUUCAUGUUCUUGUUUUGCUUUUGGAUUAAAGGAAACAUUUUUUGCGGGGCGGGGGGGGGAAUCUAUCUGGAGCAACCAGGUGAAGGAUGACCUGGCCAUGUUGAAUCUGAUGUGGAAGUACUGCCUUUCUGUUCGAACAAUAAGUGUGGAGGGUGAUGGUGCUGGCUGUGAGGCAGGAGCGUCUCUGGAAAGCGGAUACUCUCGUGGGCCGGUGACGCGCAGCUCCAUCAUCAGCACCGAGCACUUUGAGGCACCGUCACUUUACUCACACGAGGUCCGGCAGCGCCCACGUCGCUCCAAACUCCAACACUCGCAAUCUAUCCUCCGCAAACAGGCUGAAGAGGAGGCCAUCAAGCGCUCACGCUCGCUCUCCGAGAGCUAUGAGCUCUCCACUGAUCUCCAGGACAAACAGGUGGAGAUGCUGGAGCGGAAGUACGGGGGACGUUUCAUAACUCGACAUGCGGCCCGGACCAUCCAGACAGCUUUCCGCCAGUAUCAGAUGAACAAGAAUUUUGAGCGCCUCAGGAGUUCUAUGUCUGAGAACCGCAUGUCCAGGCGCAUCGUCCUUUCCAAUAUGAGGAUGCAAUUUUCCUUCGAAGGACCUGAGAAAGUCCACAGCUCCUACUUCGAGGGCAAGCAGCUCUCCUUGAGCGACGACGGCUCUAAGCUGGCACAGUCGGAGCGUGGCGACAUGGUACCAGUCAACGUUAAGUCACAGGCAGGACAAAGCGACUUCACGGAUGCCAUCACCGAGCUAGAAGACGCCUUCUCCAGGCAGGUGAAGUCCCUGGCUGAGUCAAUCGAUGAUGCGCUGAACUGUCGCAGCUUGCACGGGGAUGAGGGGCAAGACGAAGUGCAACGGGGUCAUGGUGACCUGGAUCGGGACAUCACGUAUCAGGUCAAACCAUCACACAGCGGAGACCGCCGCAAGCUUGAUGAAAUGACUGCAUCGUACAGCGACGUGACCCUCUACAUUGAUGAGGAGGAACUGUCACCCCCCUUGCCUCUCUCGCAGUCCGUAGUGGACAGGACAUCCAUGGAUCCCGAACUGCAGCUGCGUGCACUAAACUCCUCACAGGACUAUUGGGUACACAAGGAAGACAAGGGCGACACUGACACUAGCUGUCGCAGCACACCGUCUCUGGAGUGCCAAGAGCAGAGGCUGAGGAUGGACCACCUCCCUCUGCUCACCAUCGAACCCCCUAGCGACAGUUCAGUGGAGCUGAGUGAUCGCUCUGAGCGCAGUUCCCUAAAACGGCAGAAUGCCUAUGAAAGGGGUGGGCCUAGCCAGCAGGGCAGCCCCAAGCGCCAUCCCUCGCAUCCCUCCCAUCCUUCCAUCCCUCGGAGAGAUGACGAUGUCCCCCGGCAUCGUCCACGGCAGCUAGAGAGCCACCUGGCCAUCAAUGGCACGGCCAACAGGCAGAGCAAAUCGGAGUCUGAUUUCUCAGAUGGCGACAACGACAGUGUAAACAGCACAUCCAACUCCAAUGACACGAUCAACUGCAGUUCAGAAUCAUCAUCACGGGACAGCCUGCGCGAGCAAACCCUCAGCAAGCAGACAUACCACAAGGAGACUCGUAACAGCUGGGACUCACCAGCCUUCAGCAAUGACGUCAUCCGCAAGCGCCACUACCGCAUUGGCCUCAACCUCUUCAACAAAAAGCCAGAAAAAGGUAUCCAGUAUCUGAUCGAGCGAGGGUUUGUUCCAGACACCCCUGUGGGUGUGGCUCACUUCUUGUUACAGAGGAAGGGGUUGAGUCGGCAGAUGAUCGGAGAGUUCCUGGGCAACAGACAGAAGCAGUUCAACCGAGAUGUCCUGGACUGUGUGGUGGAUGAGAUGGACUUCUCUAGCAUGGAGCUGGAUGAAGCCUUGAGAAAGUUCCAGGCUCACAUCCGGGUGCAGGGGGAAGCACAGAAAGUGGAGCGGCUUAUCGAAGCUUACAGCCAGCGCUACUGCAUCUGCAACCCAGGCGUGGUGCGGCAAUUUCGCAACCCUGACACGAUCUUCAUCCUGGCGUUUGCUAUCAUCCUCCUCAACACGGACAUGUACAGCCCUAACGUAAAGCCAGAGAGGAAGAUGAAGCUGGAGGACUUUGUGAAGAAUCUACGAGGGGUUGAUGACGGAGAAGACAUCCCUCGUGAGAUGCUGAUUGGUAUUUAUGAGCGGAUCAGGAAACGGGAGCUCAAAGCAAAUGAAGACCAUGUGUCCCAAGUGCAAAAAGUGGAGAAGCUCAUCGUUGGGAAGAAGCCAAUUGGCUCACUCCACCAUGGCCUUGGAUGUGUGCUGUCCUUACCACAUCGCAGAUUAGUGUGUUACUGCAGGCUGUUUGAGGUCCCAGAUCCCAACAAGCCACAGAAACUUGGCCUCCACCAGCGAGAGAUCUUCCUCUUCAAUGACCUUCUUGUGGUCACCAAGAUUUUCCAGAAGAAGAAAAACUCCGUGACAUACAGCUUCAGGCAGUCCUUCUCUCUAUACGGCAUGCAGGUGCUCCUCUUUGAGAACCAGUUUUAUCCCAAUGGCGUGCGGCUCACAUCAGCCAUCCCCGGUGCUGAUAUCAAGGUCCUGAUCAACUUCAACGCACCCAACCCACAAGACCGCAAGAAGUUUACAGACGACCUGCGGGAGUCCAUCGCAGAGGUGCAGGAGAUGGAGAAAUACAGGAUUGAGUCUGAGCUGGAAAAGCAGAAGGGCGUGGUGCGGCCUAGCAUCUCGCAGAGCUCUGGUCUGAAAAAGGACGCUGGCAAUGGCAACCUGAGCCGAGCCAGUCUGGACGACAGCUACGCCAUGGGGGAGGGUCUGAAGAGAAGCGCCCUCAGCAGCUCCUUACGCGACCUUUCUGAUGCAGCUCUGUAUCCUGUAGUACUGCUAGGCAAGCGAGGUCGCCGCAGCAGUGCAGGAUCUCUAGACAGCAAUAUGGACGGAUCCAUCAUUAACAGCCCUCACAUGAGGCGUCGUGCUGCCUCCAGUCGUGACUGCCCCUCACGCCAGCACUCGGUGCCCAGCUCCUCCUCACUGCUUGGCUCAUUGUUCGGCACCAAGCGCGGCGCCAAGUCACCCUCUCUGCCCCCGCAGCCUCCUCAUCCAUCCCACCCCACCCUGAUCUCUCACACGCCGCACCCGUCUAACCUGCACCACACAGCACGCGAUAGCACAAGCCUAAGCGACACACAUCCACCACACCACACUCAAUACUGCCACGUUCAGCAGAACCCACCUCCAUACCACCACCACCACCACUACCACCCACCUGCACACAUCCAGUACCACCCCUCUUCUGCAGCCGCCUCUUCCUCUCAUGGCCAUCCCCAUGCACCACACACUCACGGCCCACACGCUCAGCACCCGCCCCACCCUUCCCACCUGCAGCACCACCACAGCCAGGCUCCACCCCCGGUAGCCGGCCCCGGCAGCGCAAAGCCCAAACACAGCGGCAUCAGCACUGUGGUGUGAAGGACUGAGACUGGGACUGACUUUCCAGAGGCACCUUGGCAGAUUUGUUCUAUAGCUGGUAUGUGAAAGACUCUGGCCCAGGAACCAAUUGGGCGAAUGAAAACAAACAAAGGCAUUGUGACUCGUUUCAUUUCAUUUAGAGCCCCUUUCCUCUGGGAAGAGAAAGGGGACGCACACUGUGUAGCACUGGCUUUCUCUUCCAGGCUUUCAGAGGGCUGCUAGACCCCGUGGAUUUCCCACCUCCUUUUCCACAUUUCCUGCACAUCACCGUUCAACUGUUCACUCCCAGACAAUGCUGCUUUUUCCUCAUUAGGGUCGAGUCAUACUUUUUUCUUCUUUUUUUUUUUUUUUCUUCUUCCUUUUUUUCUCCCCAACUUUACACCUGGACGUCUGUCCAGCUUUCACGAAAUGACAAUGCCAAGCAUGCACAAAGACCAUAGCUACUGUUUUAUCUUGUAAUUAAUUGCUUAUGGAGCACUAUGAAAACACCCUGCUUGCUAAUUAGCAGAAACAAACAGUCUCAGUAGAAUGAUAAUGCCUAGAAAUGGAGAGUUUAAAUACAAUGGUCAACAGUCUAGCCAUGAAUCAAGUCGCUCACAAAGACGUACGUGUUCCAGUAUAUAAUGUAGCUGUAGACCACAGUUCUCUGUGAAAUAGUUAGCAGUCUUUAAUGUGCCAAUUAUUCAAAAGCAGUUACUGAGUUAGUAAGAAAUGCUUUGUGUAUGUCGUGCAUAUACUAUUUUGUAAAAUAAUAUCAACAAUCAAUAUUACUGUUACAGAACAAAAAUGCGUCCGAGGCGUGAGAUGAAAAGAAGAAAAAAAAAAGAAUCUCAGUAUUAUACUCUUGAAGUAGAAGAUCUAGUUUCACUAGUUAUCAAACUCAGUCCAACUCUUUUGAUUAGGUGAGUGAGGGCUUGACCUGAAACUCCUCUGGUUGCCUUUGAAGCAAAACUCUGAGAAUCUUCUGUUCCGGCAGAACUGUGUUUACUGCACUCAUCUGCUCAUCACUGACCAAUCAGGAGGCAGAAGAGCAGGAGGAAGGAGUUAGCUAAUGCAGGAAUCCUCCUUAGGCCUUGACUUAUCAGUCUUGGCCACUUAGUGCACCACGGUUUUAUUUUUUUAACUAUUUUUUUAGGGGUGAAUAAAAUGAUAUGAAGUAAAAGAUGAUCAUGAUCAAGCAGAUUUGACUGAGGGGGUAUUUUGGGGGUAAAAAAAAAACCAAACAAACAAAAACAAAAAAAUAUACAUGCUUUGCUCAAGAGGAUUUAGACUGUUGUUUUUGACUUUAAGGAGGGAGGCUACAUUUCAGAGUGACUAAUUUCUUUCCCCAUAUUUCAAGAGAUUUCUCCCGGGUUCUUGCUCUGCUAUUUGUGUUCUCAGCGGGCUGAGUGAGUGUGUGCCCCUUCAACCCCCGGGUGAUGCCGUUUGUGCUUCUGCAUGCAGCGUAGAAUGAAACGGGCUUUCUACAACUCUGCUUUUGGUCUGUUUGGGUUACUUUUUUCCUUUUUUUGUUUUUCGAUGAAUGCCUUUCACUUGCUCACAAAUCCAGCUGAGUAUUGUAUGAAGUAGUGUGUAGCAGGAGUCGAGAUAUCGUACCUUAUGACAGAAGAUUGAGUAGUGAGGUUUAAAUCAUAUUUUUCCACACACGUCUUCAAUUUUUGUAACUUGCUUUAUGCUGUGUAUAGAAAGGACUUGAAGUUAUGAUCUGAUUCACGUGAUCUUAGCUCAGAGAAGAAAGCUCUAAAUAGCACUUGUCUCAUUUUUGUAAGUAUUCACUUAUGUACAGCAACUGUGAUAGAAACUUGUUCUAUCCGAGACGAAUAUCAGCAGUGAAGAGAUUUGAUUAGCAAGUGAUAUUUUUUUUCCCAGCACUCUUUGUCCCAUUCUUUUUUCCUUUGGUUUGUCUGUCUGUCUGUUUUGUUUGUUUUUUUUUUGUACUAAUCAUAUGUGCAAUAUGUAUGUUUCAGUUUUGUAAAUGAACAUUUGCAAUCUAGUGACAGACCUUUUUUUUUUUUUUCCCUUUCCCUUUAAGCGUGUCCUUGUCUUUUAAUUCUGCAUUGCUGCUCUCCCUCCUUUCUCUGUUCUAGCGACUUGCAGUGAGGAAUGUCAACUGAAAUACUCUUGCAUGUAACAUUAUACUGUAAGGAUAUUCUCUAAAUAUUGUAUAUUCCCAGAAAUAUCAGUGUUACCUUUGACUGUUGUUGAAAUUUAAGUGACAUUAAAAGUAUGUAAACUUCUCUUCAUGCGACUGUGUUCCGAUGGAAGUCAUUUUGUCAUAUUUUGUACCAGAAGAUAUUCCACUAUAGAUAAAAUGAAUAGAACCAGCUAUAUUCCAGCUAUCACGUACACACUGUGUAUCGAGGCUUUAAAAGCAGAUCAAGCUUCUCAGCUACUGUAAAGAUGUUGUAUAAUCCUACUACAAUUUACAUAUUAAUCAUAUACUGUAACACCAUCAUUAAUGGCGGGUAUCAGUGUGAGAAGUGUUUAAAGUAAUUCACUUAUCACUGUAUUAUUAUUAUUAUUAUUAUUAUUAUUAUUGAUGCUGUUGUUGUUAAUGUUCCUUGAAUGCUGCUCUCAGAUCCAGGUUCAGAUUUGUAAUUCGCAUAGUAGACCAACAAUAAAAUAUCAGCUGGACCUUUUCCAUUUUUUGCAUAGGUAAUAUUUAUGAAGCCAUGCCACAAUAAAGAAUGAAGUUAACAGAUUACCUCUAAAGGAAAUUAGAGCAUCAUGAAAUAAAUUGAUUUCUGGGACAAAGUAAGGAAAAAAAAGCAAAUGUCUACAUUUUUUGUUUUCCUUUUGUUGUUUUUAAGGCUUUUUUUUUUUUGGUUGGUUGUGUUUUUGUUUGUUUGUUUGUUUGUUUUUUGUUUUAUUUGAAUGCAGCAGAUAGCAAGUGUAAUGCUUUAAUCGUGUGCAGUACAGGGCUAACAGUCUAAAACUUGUAUUCUACUGCAUGCAUUUUCACUGUUGAUUGAAUUGUCAUCUACCAUAAACAUAGGAAAUUUACUUAUUUGUUUUAUUCUGCUUAUUCCCUUGCGCUCUGUAUGAUUGGAUGGGGCUUUUUUGUUUUUUGUGGUGUUUUUUUUUUUUUUUUUUUUUGCGCUUGCUCUUACAUUUUACACCAAUUUGCUGCACAUUAGCAUGUAUUCUGGUUUUACUUGUAAAAAAAAAAAAAAGAAAGAAAAAAGGGAAUCAUUGCGUGUGUGUGUGUGUGUGUGUGUCAGAGUGUCACUGUUCAUAUGACAAACUUAUAAGGAAAUGGGGAAAAAAAAGGUUACCAAUAUCUUUAAAAUUUAUUUUAAAAGGGAAGGGUAAGGGUUAUAGGGCUAAUGUGUGUAUAGAGUCGGUGUAUUAUUAGUAUUUAAUUUGUCAACCAUCAAAUACCAUGGGUACAUUUUUAUCUCUUUAAAGAAAGUUAUUAACCCACUUAUAUUAUUACCAAAUGUUUUCGAUUUAGCAUUGGGUAGAUCUUACAAACUGGCUGUUACCUGAAUUUCUCACAUUUAGUCUGACAUGCUGCAUUCUCUCUCUCUCUCUCUCUCUCUCUCUCUCUCUCUCUCUCUCACUCACACACACACACACACACACAAUGUAGUUCAUUUUAUAGGCCUAGUUAUCAGAUCAAGACAUGAGAAUAUUCAUGUUAAUAUGUAUUCUGUUUCUAAGUAGAUUGAGACCCGAUAGAUGUAAAUCUAUAACUGUGACCAUGUGAUUAUCACAAAAUAAAUAUAUACUGUCAGAUUCAUUCAGAACUUGUUGAUCUGUCUGUGGCAUGUAACCUGGGAAAUAUGUAGUUUGCUAUUAAGCAUAGGUGCAAUUUAUUAAAUGCCUGUGCCAACACAAAAAUAGAUUGUUGUACUGAACAUAGCUUUAAAUGGCGUUAUGGCCAAAGGAUUGUGGUCACCUGAUCAUCACUCCCAUAUGUGGUUCUUCCCCAAACUGUUCCCACGAGGGAUGCUCCAAUCGAUUGGCCGCCAAUCGUUAUCAGCCGAU